AUGUCGGAUACUAUAUCCCACUUCAUCACUAACGCCAUAAUGGCGUCUAACUGUAACCCUGAGGUGUCCCGCCCUAAGGCCUCUGAAAAUAAGCCAAUAGCACAGGGCGGCCGUAAAGCCACCGCAAAGACCCACCAUGUGGGUGUGCAUGCUUCCAAAACUGAUUUUACGGACAGGUUGCAUCCUGUCAAUAUUGAGGUCGUGGGGCCCCCACGAAAAAGAGCCACCCGCCAAGCAAAAGCGGCACAGACAUGGAAAAGGGCAAAAGCCUUAACAGACUCGUCCGACUCGGAUUCGGAGGAGGUAUUGGAUGAGUCCGACGAGAUCGGCUUCAAUGAAUCAGAGGUUUCCUCCCCGUGCCAGAGCCCAACACGCAAAGCAAGCAUAACCACUGUAGAGAGCGCGGAUACAUACGCUAUCCUUUGCAGAACCCGAGGUCGGCAGAAUGGUUCCCGACCAAACAUGUAGCACGCUAUAUAGCGGCCAGGAUCAGGAAAUCCCUGGAUAAGGCCACAAGGAACAAACUUAGGGCGGAAUGCCCGCGCCCUACGUCCCCGACAUGGCUUGCACCACGCCGGACAUAGACCCCAAAGUGGCCCAAUAUUUGGGGAAAUCUGGCUGGAAGGCAAAAAAGGGGCUUGACUACUCCUUAUGCCACUGGCAGGACAAGGUGUUAGGCCCCAGUGCAAAAAUCUUUGAAAUGUCGAAGCAGCCUUAACCGAUGGGACCCCAAUUGACCUUCUGGCCAUUAGAGGUUGGGUCCAACGCUCCAUAUGCCUUAUUGGCAAUGCAAAUGCAGCUCUAGCUACGGAGCGAAGAAAGGCCACCCUCAUGAAAAUUGUACCUUAACCUGGUGAAUAUGGCCAUAUCUGAGCCUGGGCCACAGGCAAAAGGAUUUCUCUUCGGAGAUAACUUCGUAAAGGAAUUGGGCAUUGGGCAACUACGUCAAUACCUUUACGGCGUUAGACAAGGCACAAACAAACUUAAAAAGAGUGUUCUCCCCAAAAAUUUUUGGUGGGGCCGGCAGACACAGGGGCCAUCUGUCCGGCCGCUCUUCCCGAGGUUCAUACCAGGGAUACCGAGGCCCUGCCACACCUAGAUUUCAGCCUCCAGAGAACAAGCCCCCUUCAUCCUUCUUCCCGGUCAGGGGCAGAUCGUGGCAGUCACGAGGGACCAGGAGCAUCUCGUAUGGUCGACGGCCUUAUGAUAAGUGUCCUAUCACCCCCUUCCCCGUGUAUGUCUAUAGUGGGGGGCAGACUGUCUCACUUUGUAGAAGCCUGGCGCACACUAACGACAGAUGUUUGGGUCCUACACACAAUCUUAGGUUACCAAAUCGAAUUUAUACAACACUCUGUCCAAACCUCCAGACCACAUCGGAUAGCCUUCUCCACACACGACAGGACCCUGGUAAGCAAGGAAAUCCUUGCGCUGCACAAGAAGGGCGCGAUCUAUCAGGUCCCGCCAUAUUCUCACGGCUUCGAGAGCAACCUCUUUCUAGUGCCCAAGAAAAGCGCGGGGGGGUUCGACCGGUCAUCAACCUACGCCCCCUAAACGCAUUUGUGCGAUACCACCAUUUCAAAAUGGAGGGGAUCCAUUGCCUUCGGGACCUCCUCAGAUUGGAGGACUGCAUGGUCAAACUAGACCUACAAGACGCCUACCUUACAAUCCCCAUUGCCAAAGACUGUCAACACCUUCUCCAAUUCCAAUGGGAGGGGACGACGUGUAGAUUCCAAGCCCUCCCCUUUGGACUAUCAUCGGCCCUGUGGUGCUUCACCAAACUGCUGAAGCCCGUGGUGGCUCUCCUACGCAGCAGAGGUGUACGGAUGAUCAUAUAUCUGGACGAUAUGCUGAUCAUGGCACACGACACCCAACUUUUUCGACAACACCUCUCCUGGGCACUGGCCCUCCUACAAAAUUUGGGAUUUUUAAUCAAUUGGAAAAAGUCAAUAUUGACUCCAUCCCAGACCAUGGAAUUCCUGGGAUUCAACAUAGACGCGACAAAAGGAACACUCAGCCUACCGACCAUGAAGGUCAAGAGCAUCCACAGGACAUUGGCACACCCAAUAUUAACCUUACGGCAAUUGGCCAGGAUAAUCGCCUCCUCUCAGCCUCCAUCCAGGCAAUUUUCCCGGGACCCCUCCACUGCAGGGCCCUUCAAAGGCCACACAUUUACGCUUGGGGCACUCAUACUCCGACUCCGUUCCUCUCGACCACGAAGCCAAACAGGAACUCACGUGGUGGCUCCAGCACAUGGAAGCAUGGAACGGCAGAGCAAUCUUCGGAUCCGCACUGGACUUCAUCAUAGAGUCCGAUACGAGUACACACAGUUGGGGAGCGCGCUGCGGGCCUAUCUCCACUGGAGAAAUAUGCUCAUUCUCAUAAAAAGAACUGCACAUCAACGGCCUGGAACUCAUGGCAGGUUCCUUUGCCCUGAAGAGCCUCCUCUGAGCCACGACCAACUGCUCAAUCGUUCUACGAAUGGACAAUAUUUCGGCAGUCCGCUACAUCAACCACCUGGGUGGCACGAGAUCACGGAUCCUUAUGGAACUGGCCAAAGAGUUUUGGCAAUACUGCCUGGAUCGCAAUAUUUCGGUCCAGGCGGAAUAUAUUCCUGGCCUGUCCAAUAUAGUAGCGGAUUGGAACUCCAGACAUCUGCGAGAUGCCAGCGAUUGGCGACUGGACUGCAACACAUUCCUACAACUUCAAACGCUCUGGGGUCCGAUGUCCAUCGACCUUUAUGCAUCUCGUCUGAACUUCCAGUUACCAACGUUCUUCAGCUGGAGACCAGACCCAGACGCUUUAGCAAUGGAUGCCUUUCUCCAGCACUGGCCGAGGGAUCGUUUAUAUGCAUUUCCACCUUUCGCCCUCAUGGCACGGACACUAGUGCAUCUCAAACGAAACCGGACAUCAUUGGUCCUCAUAACUCCUUUCUGGACUGCUCAACCUUGGUUUCCAUCCCUCAUGGAGAUGUCCAUCAACCUUCCGAGAUUGCUUCCCUAUGUCUCACACCUUUUACUGGAUCCAGAAGGCAACCCACACCCCAUCUAAUUCAGGGGAACCUCAGACUUUUGGCAUGGCUCCUCUUCGGGGACUCUGGGGUAUACCAGAUGUUCCACAGGACACUCUCGACCUACUGGCAGGAGCAUGGGCACCUGGAACGAGACGAUCAUACCAAUAUGCCUGGAAUGGCUGGAGUAGUUGGUGCAUGGAACAACAGGUGGAUCCCGUACAGGCUCCUGUGAAUUACCUAUUACGUUUCCUUACCAAUCUAUAUAACCAAGGUUUGGCUUACCGUACCAUUAACGUCUACAGAUCAGCAAUCUAUGCCGUGGAUACAUCUAUGUAUGGUGCUCACUAUACUAGAGGGGCCAUGGCUUCAAUGGUUUUCAAUUUGGGCUGCAGAUUAGAAGACCUUCUUAGAACUGCAGAUUGGACCCGUGAAUCUAUGUUUAAAGAACACUAUUUUAGACCAACAGAACAUGUUUCCUCUAUGGUUAUAUCACAGCUUUGAACUAGCCUAAUAAGGGCCUCCAGAUUUUACUAAUUACAUGACGUAAAGUCAUGAUUUUAUUAAGGACACGGAGGCGAGUAUUAGCCCACCCAGAUAUGGUAUGUUUGGACCUUUUUUGUAUCCCAACCCAGGUACGUAAUAAGUGUUCAUAGUACAUGGAGGAGUUUGCUAUUUAAUGCUUGACUCGUAAAAAUCUUCAACAGGUACCUAAUAUAGGUAUUAUUUAGACAGGUAAAUGUUUAUACUGGUGAUGGUUUAAUACUACGAUAAUAUGAAAAUAGUUGGGGGAACAUAUUUUACCACUUGUUUCUCUCUGUCCCCUUCUAGCCUAAAAGUUAUGACACCCCUGCAACAUCGACAUCUUCCACAGUUCGAGAGGAUCAGUUCGGAAGAUCUGGCUCUCUAUAG